UAAUUUUAACACAUUUUAUUUCUCUCUUUAGCAAGACCUUGUCAACGGUGUAUUAAACGUAAUUUAGCCACUUCUUGCACAGAUGGGGCUAGGAAAAAGGCAAAAUAUCUGCAGGAUAUAGAAGACGCCGCUAGCAAUGGUAGUCUACCUUAUAGUCCACAACCGUCAUUGUCUACCCCCAAUAUGAACUCAUUUGUUCCCGAAGCUUCUUCAUUUCAGUCCCAAAACUUCUUGGACACAGGGGUGAAUAAUAAUAGUGCGAAUGAUAAUAACAAUUUAAUGAUGUCCAUGGAGAAUUACAAUUACGGUUUUGGUUCCAAUGCCACGAAUCUCGAAUACUCAAUACUUUCCAACAUGUUGGGUUCUCCUUUAGCAGAUCCGACCAAUGUGAUCAACUCUUCCCCAGUUCAAACUUCAGCUGAUGUAUUAAAUAAUAUAUGGUCUCAGCCAUCUCCCGUCGUGGAAAACGUCACAACUCCUCUGAGUAUCAUUCGUGGAGAACCCUCAUACUUAUCUUCGCCCACGCAUCUUGUUACGACACCUACUUCAUCUUACAUUAAUAGCAAUAACAAUAAUAAUAACACCACUACAGUUAAUAAUAAUAACACUAAUACUAAUACCAACCACAACAACGGUGUGGUGAACAACAACAACAACACAAAUAAUAACACAAAUAACAACAGCAGCAACAAUAUCAGCAGUAAAAGACCUGUCCCAUCAAUAUCAUCUUCAACAAUAGGGACAUCACAAAUAACGCCGUCAGGCGUCUCAACUCUAUCAGCAUUCGGAGAUGGUGCAGUGGUCGCAAAAGUGGCAAGUCCCGUUACUGCAAGUGUAGGGCCUGCUGUCAGACGUAGAAACCAAAUAAUUACUCCCGAAAUGGCAUACGCCAGUGCAACCAAGCCUUUCAGCUACGCGGAAGGGUAUCAUUAUCUAAUCAAUUAUGUCAAAUCAAGAAUGGGUAGAGAGGAUUUAAUGAGAAUUAGUAGAGCGCUGGCGCUAUUUAGACCGUCUGUUUUAGCUUCCAUGAUGAAUUUGACAGAGGACGAUUUGAUCUUUACUGAAAAAUGUUUACAACGUACAUUACUAGAAUAUGAAAAGUUGAUUAGUUAUUCAGGAACACCUACAGUUGUUUGGAGACGAACAGGUGAAAUCACGUUGGUAGGAAAAGAGUUCUCCUUACUUACACAAUGGUCUCGGGAUACUCUGCUGGGUAAGAAGACUUACAUAUAUGAGCUAAUGAGUAACCCAUCUGCUGUUGAAUACUGGGAGAAAUAUGCAUUGCAUGCAUUUGACAAUACUGAUUCUGCAGUAUAUAGUACGUGUAUUUUGAUGAGUCCUACAAAAAGAGUUGUGCCAUGCACAUUCUGCUUUACCAUCAAACGUGACAUAUUUGAUCUGCCUAGUGUUAUUGUUGGAAAUUUCCUACCCAUAUUAAGCUAAAAUUCGUUUUUGUUAUUAUUUGCAUACAUUUAUACAUCAUUUUAUAUCCCCCGCUCCUUUCUUAAAAAAAAUAAUUUUGUAAAACUAGAAUAAAUUAUAUGCAGGAC